AUGCAUGUAUUUCCAUCAGAAGCUGGCAAAUCCGUGAUGAAAUCCACUCCUAGGUGUGACCAAGGGCGGAGAGCGAAAUCACUUGAAUGUGUUGUCUUCAACCAGGUCUCAUUGUUUCUUUCACAGAACAACAAACUGGACGCUAAACAGUCAGGUUUCAGGAGUGGCCAUUCAACUGAGACUGCACUUCUCUCGGUCACUGAAGCCCUGCGAAUUGCAAAAGCCCAUUCCAAAUCAUCAGUCCUCAUUCUGCUGGAUCUAUCUGCCGCGUUUGACACUGUCAAUCAUCAGAUACUCCUCUCCACUCUCUCAUCACUGGGCAUCGCUGGAAUUCCACUUCGCUGGUUUGAAUCCUAUCUCACUGAUGAUCCAACGGUAGCUGCAAGGAUCUCAGGUUGCCUGGCAGACAUCUCGGCAUGGAUGAAAGAACAUCACCUCCAGCUCAACCUGGCAAAGACUGAGCUUCUUGUCUUUCCUGCCGCUCCAACUCUACAGCAUGACAUCACGAUCCAGUUAGGUUCAUCAACAAUUACCCCAUCAACUUCGGUCAGAAAUCUUGGUGUAAUCUUUGAUGACCAGCUGACCUUCAAAGACCACAUUGCAAAGACUGCUCGAUCUUGCAGGUUUGCACUACACAACAUCAGAAAGAUCAGGCCCUUUCUGACGGAGCAUGCUGCACAACUUCUUGUCCAGGCCCUUGUCAUUUCUAGGCUGGACUACUGCAAUGCUCUUCUGGCUGGACUUCCAUCAAACACAGUCAAACCUCUACAAAUGAUUCAGAAUGCGGCGGCACGACUGGUCUUCAAGGAACCCAAAAGAGCCCAUGUUACACCUCUCUUUAUCUCAUUGCAUUGGCUACCAAUCGCAGCUCGCAUCAAGUUCAAGACACUGAUGCUUGCUCAUAGAACAACCACAGGCUCAGCACCCGCCUACAUGCACUCACUAUUAAGAAUCUACAUCCCCUCCAGAAGUCUGAGAUCUGCUAGUGAGCGACGCCUCGUGGUACCAUCACAAAGAGGCUCAAAAUCACUCUCCAGAACAUUCUCGUUCACCAUUCCUGGCUGGUGGAAUGAUCUUCCCACCCAUAUUCGGAGUGCUGGAUCCCUGUCAAUCUUCAAGCAACAGCUGAAAACUCAUCUCUUUCGACACUACUUGACUUCGACCUACACAUAAAAAAAAAAACUCUUUCUCCUUACUUAUUCCUUCCCUUGCUAGCUUGUACUUAUUUAAACAAUGCCUGAGACUUGGUGUUACAAGCACUUCCUUUGUCGGAUUGCCUCUUCAAGAUGAAUCGCUUCAUGUGUUCCCCAAAUUGU